CCUUUCUUACAGUUCGUCAUCAUCAUCACCAUCAACAAGAACAAAACUAAACAGUAAAAGUAUUGCGAGAGUGACAUCAUCCUUCAUCUUCAUCUCUCUCUUUUUAUCAUUUUAAUUGCAAAGAAACACCAAGAAACACCAAUCGCUCUCUCUCUCUCUCAUCUUUAUCAUCAUUCUCUUUCAAUUUCCCUCUCAUUUUGUGCUUUUUCUGUGAUUUUCUGUUGAAUCUUUCAAAUGAUUCACCAACAAACAACAACAUCAACAACAUCAAAUGGUUAAUCUUAAUCUUCCUCAUCUCUGUUAAUCUUUUUCUCUGUUUGCUUUGUUUUCUUCAACAAUUUUCUUCAUUCAAUGGAAAUUAUAUAUUAAACUGUUAAUAGAAUUUGUUAAUUACCUGUUAAUGAGAGAGAAACAAACAAAAAACAAUGGAUUAUAUUAAACCAAAUGGAAUAUUUUAUUUCUUCUCUUGUAAGGAAUAUUGUUUAACUUGAUUUUCCAAUUCUCUUCCGGUCAUUUCAAACUCUUUCUUCUUUCAUCAUCCGUGAUUAUUUGUGAUCUCCACCAUCAGAAUUUAUAUCAUCAUCCUCAUCUUCUUCAUCUAGUGAAUCAAUUUCCAAGAGAAGAGAGAGAAUUUUUUUUUUUUUGUUUACUUCAAUUUUUUCUAUUCUCUUUUUGGAAUCUUUGUUUUUUUCUCUUCUAUUUUUUUUCUCCUUCUUCUUCUCUCCUUUCAAUCUCCUUCUCUUCUUCUUUGUUGGCUAUUUGUCAUCAUCAUCAUCAUCAUCUCUCUCUCUCUCUCAUCCUUUGGAUUUCAUCUUCUCCCCUUUUCCGUUUGGUGUUUUUUUCGUCUGGUGGGUUCAUAUCACCACCACAACAACACUCAACCUUUCACCAUAAAGAGUAAUCAUAUUAUUCACAAAUCUUUAUAUUUACUUAGUUAAUUAUCUCUCUCUCUCUAUUGUGUUUGGUGUAUAUAAUUUAUUAAUUUACUAAUUAAUCAUCAUCAUCACUUAAUAUAUAUACUUAGUAAUAAGUAUAUAUAUCUUAUGCCUACAUGAAAAAGAUGGAUAUGAAUAUGUUUCAUAACUUAAAGCUGAAAAAGAUGCGAACCUCAGCUCAAAUUGGUACUACGGUAACACCUAAAUAUGACCCCAAGCAACAUGAUCUAAUGUCCACUGAUGAUAAGGGUCAACGAUUUUUACCCGUUGUCUCAUUAGAAGCGGUUGUUGGUUCGACAACAUCUUCAUCUUUAACUGCUCGCAGGUCAAAUUCAUCUUCUUCAUCAACCUCAUCAACCUCUUCUUCAACCAAUUCAUCACCCUUUGAUUUGGACCUUGAGGGCUGCCUUGACCUUACCACUAAACCCAAGUCCAGUUCAGGUUCAUCGGUAAUGGUCACCAAAUCUCGCCUAUCCUGUGGUAUACCACCUACACCGCUUAUCAUGGGUGAUCUACCAGGCCAAGGACCCGGUAAAACUAUGUUAUGGACCAUAAUGAAUAAAGGAUCGCCACCUUCUAGCACAGGGAUGACCAGUUCAUCUUCACCGCCUUCAUCUUCACCUCCAUCCAUUACCUCAUCUCCACCCUCAUCCCAAAUAUCUUCCUCCUCGCCAACCUCAUGUGAACCAAAUGGUUCAAGUGAUGGAUCAAUGGUUGUUAAUGGUUCAACCAAUGGUUCAUCUCGUGAUCAUCAUCAUCAUCAUCAUCAUCAUAAUCUUCAUCAUCACUCCUCCGUAUCUUCAUACGGAUCUUUAGUACCUUUCAAUUAUUCGGGUUCUAAUAAUGAUACCAAUGGUUCAGAGGUUGAUCAUGGUUCCAAUGGCCGAGAAAAUGGUCGUGAUUUAAGUGAAAGAGGAGGAGGAUUAAUAAAUAAUGUUCGAGGUAUUGAUCGUUCAUCUAAUACAAAUGGUAAUUCAAAUGGUACCAUAAAUGGUUCACCAUCUUCCAAUGGAAACCAUCCAACCGCCGAUCAUCUUCAUCAUCUUAAUCAUCCUCGUUUUCUUGUCCAUCCAUCUUCCUCAUCACCCUCACAUCAUCAUUCACUUUCCUCUCUUGCUACAUCUCUAGCCAAUUCUCCCUCCUCAAGUGGCCAUCUUUUAGGUCACCUUCCUAGUUCAUCUUUACCAUUAGCCUUACCCUCAUCAUCAUCUUCAUCCACCUCUUCACCACCAUCAUCCGGUUUACUGUGUACAUCAAACUCAGCAGCAUCCGCCAUGGGUAACCUAAUCUCAUCAACACCAACCUCAUCCUCAUCACCCAACAUGAUAUGCAUGAUUUGUGAUGAUAAAGCAACCGGACUUCAUUAUGGUAUAAUUACCUGUGAGGGUUGUAAAGGUUUCUUUAAACGAACAGUACAAAAUAAGCGAGUUUACGUUUGCGUUGCCGAAGGUCAAUGUGUUAUAACCAAACAACAACGAAACCGUUGUCAAUAUUGUAGAUUUCAAAAGUGCCUACGACAGGGAAUGGUUCUUGCAGCGGUCCGAGAAGAUCGUAUGCCCGGAGGCCGUAAUUCUGGUGCUGUUUACAAUUUGUACAAAGUAAAAUAUAAGAAACACAAGAAACAACCUAACGGUACCAAUGGUUCAUCUUUACCCUCCUCAUUAACCUCAAAUGCUAAUAAUAAUAAUAAUAAUAAUAACAGUAAUGGUACAACCAAUGGUUCGAGUUCACUUGGCAAUGGUACAUCGAAUGGUAAAAAUUCUCUAUCAUCAUCAUCAUCUUCAUCUUCACCAACCUCAUCCUUAUCCAAUAGUCUGUCCACCCUAAAUGGUAAUGGAAGCCUUUCCAUUGCCCUUGGUCAAGCAUCUCUUAACUCUACUUCUAGUACCAAUGGUCGAGGUCCCGGACCCGGAGGUGGAAAUGAUUCAACCAAUGGAGGAGUUAGUUCAAUGUUUACUAUCUCAUCUAAUGGCCUUGGCUCAUCUACCGGUGGAUCAACCGGUAAUCAUGGUUGUCCACCCAGUCCAUUAAAUAGUCCAUCCUCAACGAUGAAUAUACUCAAGUCAGCAUUAACAUCGCCUUAUCCGAUCAACAAUCAUCACCAUCACCAUCAUCACAAUAAUAAUAAUCAUCAUAAUAAUAAUUCCCAUCAUCAGUUAGUGCUCAGUAAUAACAACACCAAUCACCAUCAUCUCAAUGGUAAUAGUAGCAACAAUUCAAAUAAUCGAGAUAAUAGUCACGGAAUGUCCAAUGGUAAUAGUAAUUCAAAUAAUAUCCACACAAAUCAUAAUAGUAACAGUAAUCAUAGUUUAUUUGAUGGAUCAAAUAACAACCACUCCUCCACAAACACCACCACCACCACCACCAACAACAACAACAACAAUAACCUAAGUCACAUAAAUAAUAAUAAUAAUAAUAAGAGUUACGACCUCGUCCUUGUUGAUUGUAAUUCAUCAACUCGAGGUAAAAGUCCAUUCGAGAUGAGAGAUCAUCAUCAUCACAACAAAAACAACAAUAACAACAAUCAUGUUAAUCAUUUUCUUCAUCAUCGUUUAAUGUCCGGUGUUCGUAAAGAGUUACUAUCUAGUAAAGAGAUUCAUGAAAUUAUCAUGGAAUUGAUUCAAGUUGAUGAUUUUAAUGAAGUAAUGGAAGAUGUUAACUUUGUUAAUUCUCAUGAUUUAGAUGAUGAAACUGAGAUUAAAAUUAAAACGGAAGAAGAGGAUGAAGGUGUUGAAGAAGAUGAAGAUCUGGAUGAUCGAGAAGAGAAUCGAAGUAAAGUGAAAAAGUUAAUAAUGACCAUUGGCUCUUCGAGGUCAAUCGACGGAAAAGAUAAACAAGAGCUUACACUUAACGAUAAAUUGUGUUCCAUUGGCGAUUCCAUUGUUUAUAAGCUUGUCCAAUGGACGAAAAAGCUUCCCUUUUAUGAUUCACUGCCUGUUCAAUGUCACACAAUGUUAUUAACUCAUAAAUGGCAUUCAUUGUUAGUAUUAACCUUUUGUGCUUACCAAAUUUUAAAAGAAUCAAAUUCAAACAACAAUGGCUACUCGUCCAAUUUAAGUCAUAACGGAAAUGGAAAUGGUCAUCAUCAUAACGGUAAAUCAUCCCAACGUUAUGAUGAAGAUGAUUUUGGAGACGAUGAAGACGAUGAAGAUAAUAACAGUUCUAAUAACAGAAUUUACGAAGAAUCCGAUGAAGAAUUACAAAGAGAAAUGAGACAAUCAAUGCAGAAAUUGAUUAAUUGUUUAGAUAAAAUUGUCCAACGACGUACCCGCCGAGAAGAGGAUAAUCUAACCCUUGACAGUUUGGAGAAAGAGUCUCGACUUUUAAUUGAAUAUCUUUGUAAAGUGAAAUUAUAUUUAAAGUCAAUUAACUUAAAGAUGGAGGAAUACGUCCUGCUCAAGGUGAUCAUAAUGACCAUGAUGACCAGUGAGAAACGUCAAGAAUUAUUAUCGGAAAGGGAAGCAGCCGGAUUAGAUAUUAUCGAAAGGAUUAACUGUAAAUAUCUCAACGUGCUGAGCUGCUACUCGUCCCCGUCGAGGUACAAGAUGAUCUUAAGGUCAAUCCAUCUGAUCGAAAAGUGUGCAACCAUUUUAUUAGAUUCCAAGAUGUUUUAUGUUCCCUUUUUAUUAACAUCGAACAUUUAAAUUAUCGGCAAUUAGAUCGAUCGACAAUUAAAUCAACAAUCAAUCAACCAAAAAAAAAAGAGACACACUCACAAAAUACUGAACCAAAAAAAAAACGAGACCAGGAUUGAAUCGAGUUACCUUACAAUUUGAAAUUAAAGCACAAUCAAAGAUGACAAAAUUUUUUCUUCUUCUUCACCAAUUAAUUGAUGAUUUAUUUACAAUCGGAAAACAAUUAACAGCAAAUGGAAACGAUCAUCAUCAAUUUACCUGUUUUUUUUAUACACAAUAUAUUAUUAUUAUAACCAAUGGUUAAUAUCAUCAAAAUUAAAUUGAUUGUUGGCGAAAACAAAGUUAACAAAGUUAAAAGAUUUGUUGUUAAUUAAUCACAAACCACCAGUUUGAUUGUUUAUCAUCAUCAUCAGCUCUCUCUCUCUCUCUCUCUCUCUCUCUCUCUAGGUGUUUAAUUGUGAUUCUAGCAAAGUAUCAAGAAACUCAAUGAUAAACACUCAUCUUAAAUCACAAUUUAAUUACAAAAGGAAAACCACAAUUACGAUUAAAUUUAUAAAUAAUAAUAUAAAUAUAUAUAUAUACUAAUUGCCUCAUACAACUCUCAUCAAACUCAACCAUCAUCAUCAAUCAAUCAAUCAAUUAACAGAUUGUGACUCACAAAAAAAGGAUUAUAAUUAUAUUGAUAUUAUUAACUGUUGAUUAUUUUGUACCUUAAAUGAUUAAUUAUGGAACCAAUAAUUGUUGUAAUUGAUUGUUGAAAGAAACCAAAGGUCAAUAAUCAGCUGAUCCAUACAAAACAAUUUCAAUCAAGAAUUAGUUUAAAUCCUUUGAUGGGAAAAAAAACUGUUAUAUUAACAUUGCUUGUUUAUCAUCCUCAUCUUCAUCUUCAUCAUCACCAAGAUUUUUUUUUGACUCGCCAUGUCAUCAUCAUCAUCAUUUAUCUUCAUCACUUGCUAUAUAUAAUUAUUGAAAUUAUAUUAUACCUUCCGGAGGUGAAAAGAAAUCACAAUUUAAAGAUAUUAAUAGUUAUAAUAUAAAUCCAAUCGAGUGAUAAUUAACCAGAGUGAGAGUAUCAUCAUCCACAUCCCUGUUAUCAUCAUUAUCAUCAUCAUCAUCAUCAUCAUCACCUUAAUCACCAAAUCACAUUAAUCCUUUUUUGCUGCUAUUGCUGCUGCUGUUACUUGGAUGGCUCUUGUUUCCUAAAUCGAGGACUGAAAAGCUGAAAAAAUUAAGAAAAAAAAUUAAUUGUUACAAGUUUCUAUAUAAUAUGAUUAACUAAUUGUAAAUGUUUAUGUUUAAAAAAAAUGGCAAACAAAUCAAUCACAACACCAACCAUUUAAAUCAUCCCGUCCUCUCUCUCUCUCUCUCUCUCGUUAUCAAAUCUUUUUUGUCUUUGACCCUUUUAAUUUCCCCCCUUAUCAUCCUCUCUUUCUUGCUCUCUCUCUCUCUCUCUCUCUCUCUUUGUGAUUUUUAUUAUCUGAUGAUAAAGUGACCAUCAGCCUUUUCCCUCAUCAUUUUCCAUCAUUUCCUUUUCCUGUUUUCCCUCUUCCCUCUUCCCUUUCUCUCUCUUCCUCUCUCUCUUUCUCUGUUAUUGCAACAACAAAAAAGCCUAAUUAAAUUUGUAAAAGAUGAAAAAAAACCCUACUCUCUAUUUAAUUGAUCGGUUAAUUAUUAAAUCAAUUCAUUUCUCUUUUCGGGUUCACUUUAAUUAGUUUCUGUCAAGAGACAUUGACAAUAAAUCGGCUUCCAGAUGAUUUUUUUGGUCCUCCAAAUAUAAUCAUAAACUUGGUGACAAUUAACUCUCUAAUGAUAAUGAUUAAAUUGCGAAAAUUUGGUAAACUGUCACAAUCAAUAUCCACUUGUAGUUUGACAGUUUUAAUUGUGGUUCCUUUGUUUUUUGCUCACGUGAUUCAAUUUAAACAGAGCAAAAGUUUAAUUACUAAAAGAAAAGAAAAUAAUAAUAAUCAAA